UUCUCAAGGCCAAAGGUGGCAUUUCUUUCAUCUUUCUACCUCUUUAUGAAGAGUUUCCGUUAUUAUUAUUAUUAUUAUUAUUAUUAUUAUUAUUAUUAUUAUUAUUAUUACUGUUGUUGUUGUUGUUUGGCCUUAUUUAAAGAUGACCAAAUUUUUUUUUUUUUUUUUUUUUUUGGUGCAUUGAAAGCCUUAAAAACAAAUCAUGCAAAAAGCACCUACUAGCAUGUUUUUUGGAUCACUCCAUCAUUCAUUUGUUCGUUCGUUCGUUUAUUUGUUCAUUCAUUCGUCCAUCCAUUCAUUCAUGAAUUAGUUCAUUGAUCCUAUCCCACAUUUCCAACGUUUCAGAUAGUAUGUAUGUGUUUAAAAUGUGGUGCAACUUCAGGGUGUCCAUGCAUUGCAACUUGCCAGGUGUCCAGGGGAUUUAUCUGUGGCACCGUUGGUGUCUUUUUUCUUGAAAAUGGCAACCAGAAAGUGUUUUUUUUAAAUUUUAUUUUAUUUUAUUUAAGAAUGUAAGAAUUAUGUAAGAAUGUAAACUGCCGUAAGACAGAAAUGGGAAGACCUACAUCGCAGUCACUGCUCCUCUGCUCUUGCCACUUCACUGACAGCUGUUUCGUGAACAAAGCACAGUUCGGCUUCACUUCAUCCAAUUGUAUCCAAUAUCCAAUUCUUCUUUACUGCUUGCUGAUUCACAUUAGCUCAGUGGAGCAGACUGCACAAUACAAGCUUUUCAGCCAGAAACUUGCUAUAGUGCCCCCACGGGAACCGAUAUUUUUAAAAGGCCUUGAAAUGAGCAGGAUGGGGCACCUUUUAAUUCAUUCACUAAUUUGUUCAUCAUUUCUUCACUCAUUUGUUCAUUCAUUUGCUCGUUCAUUCAUUUUGUUGCGCUUUAAUGAGUGUUUGUUUGUUUCAUAGUCAUCAACUCAGGCAAAAUGAAGCCGCUAAUGCUAUCAGCCACAAAGCUAACGCUGUAACUAAAUCCCCCAAAUGUUGUUUUUUUUGUGUUGUUUGACAAAUGUUUUUUGCAUUUGGCUGAGUCAGUUGUGAUGCUCAACACAUUGUGUUGCUCUCUUUUGCAAACAAACAUUAUUAAUAAUAUUAUUAGUAGUAUGUUAGCUAACCGGGCUCUAAAAAGCGAAGCUAAGCUAAAAGCUGACCGUUUCAAUUUGACAAAACCUCCAAAACAAGUGUGGUUUUGUUGAAAUGCUGUAAAAAUGACGCUAGUAUAAAAUAUUCUAUGUAUGUGUCAAAGUGUGCAGUACAACCUGAAAGCCAUCAUUUGUCAGCUUUAUGCAUGAAUGGACACAAAAAGUUAUUUAUGCUCAUUUCUUCAGUCCUUGAGUGUCUCUGGAUGUCAUUAAGUGUCUCACAUGUCCUAUUAUUGCAUUUACGUCCCAACAUUUUGUGCUUUCUCUAUCAUUUGUCACCAGUCUUUUGGAAAUAAAUAUAUUCCACAUCUUCAUGCUGUCAAUAGUACAACGUUCAGUGUGCUAGCGCCACCUGCUGCAUGCUGACGAGCCUGUCCACAGACACACUGCAGAUGUUACCUUGUUUGCUCGUCCAGAACAAACAACAGCAGUCCACUUAGAAAUCAGAGCUCACGUGACGAGCUAAUGAUUGACUGUGAUGACGUCAUCCCGAGACAUCCUCUGCAUUCUGGAACGUCCUCGGGAACAAGCACCGUGACAAAGUCAAGAUGAGACGUCCUCUUCUUCUUCUUCUUAGUCUUCUUCUUCGCUCAGCCUCGCAGACGGAGGUCCUCGGAAGUCCGCCGUUGGCAAGUGUGGCGCAUCAAGAUGACUUUGUGGGUCCAGAGGCGUGUCUCCACAGGAAGCUAACGCGUGCAUCAUGUGACCUGGUGUUUUGUCCUCCGUGGGAGCGCUGCAUUGAAGGUCGUUGCUCCUGUAAGCCACCAUAUUUGUGUCCUGUGGAGGACAUGACUCCCGUGUGUGGGCGGGACAGUCGCAAGUACCGCUCCUACUGCCAGGUGAUGGCGCUGGCGUGUCGUAACCACAAGCCCACCAUGUCCCACUUUGGAGACGCUUGCUCAGAAGAGAAUCCCAAGUUCACGAGUUCUUUGGACCCCCAGACAGGUAUGGUCUCCCUCUUCGUCCCGGACCCUGUGGGUUCCGGUGGAGGGCGUCGCCUGCUGGUGUGUUGGAAGCUGUGGGACAUGGCAGGCGCCAACGUGGCCUGCAAGGAACAUGGCUACGCACUCGGUGCCGCGUCUAUCGGAUGGCUCAAUUACACGAGCAUGAGCCAAGUGGACCUCGACGCACAGCUUCCCACCAGCUGCGUCAGCAUCCACUGUCAAGGCUUCGAGACUUCGCUCGCUGAAUGCGUCAUCCACGACAGUGUCACCAUCAGGGACAACAAGGUUGCCAUGGCGACAUGCUACAAUGAGUCCAGCACCCCCAAAGGGGACAAGUGCGGCUUUACGUGUGCCAAUGGAAAGUGUGUGUCCGUUGACCACACCUGCGACGGUGUCGACGACUGUGGCGACCGUAGCGAUGAGAUGUGCUGCAAACGCUGCAGGGGUGGCGCCUUCCGCUGUAAGACGGGCGUGUGCGUACAUGCGAACGCGCUGGCUGAUGGACAGAUGGACUGUUUGGACGGUGAAGAUGAGGUUAUGGCAUCCAAGGCAGUGAGGGCAGGGCCUAACAACACAGAAUACAUCUCACCCAGGAAAGAAACCAGCACCAGCCGUGCACAACUAGAGUCCAAGCUGCAGUGUGGCGUUCCCAACGUCACCGCCGCAGACGAUGACAGCGUCAAGGACCGUGUGAUCGGCGGCCGGUACAAGCGAGUGGUCGGGGGUGUUCCGGCCAAUCGGACCCAAAUCCAGUGGCAGGUGGGCCUGGAGCAAAACGGGAAGGUGGACUGUGGCGGAACAUACAUUGGAGGCUGCUGGAUCCUCACCGCGGCUCACUGCGUCAGGCCCCACCCUUCAGCGUUCCGCGUGAAGUUUUCCAUCUGGAAGAAGUCAAAACCUCAGGACACGACAGACAUUGUUCCUGUGGGCGAGAUCAUUAUCCACCCAAAAUACAAUGCCGGCACAUACGAGAACGACAUUGCUCUGCUGCGUCUCAAGGAUCUCCCGCAGGAGGAGGGCAAGUGCAUGGAGGACAACCCUGCGGUGAGGCCCGCGUGCAUCCCCUGGUCCACGCAGCUCUUCCAGGCCAACCACACCUGCAGCAUCUCCGGCUGGGGACGCACGGCAGAAGGAAAAGCCUCUCAGGUUCUCUUGUGGGCCAACGUGUCUCUCAUUGACGACUGCCAGAGGUUCUACAAAGAUCGCUUCCGAGCUGGCAUGAUGUGUGCGGGUGACCUGGAUGGCAACGUGGACUCAUGCCAGGGGGACAGCGGUGGUCCUCUGGUGUGCGAGGACCACCUGGGUGUGUCCUACCUGUGGGGCGUGGUCAGCUGGGGUGAGAAAUGUGGCCAACAGGGCUUCCCGGGAGUUUACACUCAGGUGGCACACUACUUUGAGUGGAUACGACUUCACACGGGCUGGCCCGCCGUCACCAGGUUCAACUCCUGACCACGCACACACACACUAGUUGCUUCUUCAAAGUAAACAUUAAACUUUUCCACAUGCUCGACAGCAGGCAGUGUUGCU